UUGGCUGUCUUCUACACAGAAAGCCCAGAGGGGCUCUGCCGUUCAAAAAAAAAAUUUAACUUCAACGCAGAGCCACCGUGGGAUCCCAGCUAGUAUUUGCUAAAAGCAGGUGUUCCCUCUGGCCAGAUUGUUUGUAUACCCUUGAACUCAGACUAUCUUUGCGGACUUUUGAGCUAGAAAAUGAAGCAUUACAUUGGAAACGGUUGCACUGUGGAAUCGAUGCCCUACGAGAAGGCUAAGGCCUGCAUGGUCGCUGAGAAGGCUGCACUUCUGAACAAUGAGCAAUGUGAAGAUGCCUUCUUCAUUGCUGAUCUUGGUGACAUUGUUGCCAAGUAUAAGAAAUGGAGAAGACUCCUGCCAAGGGUGGAGCCUUUUUAUGCUGUCAAGUGCAAUGAUGACUAUGGUGUUCUUAAACUUCUCGGAGAUCUGGGGACAUCAUUUGACUGUGCGAGCAAGAUGGAAAUUGACAAGGUACUGAACCUUGGCCUCCCCCCUUCACGCAUCAUCUACGCCAAUCCUUGCAAGCAGACUUCCUUCCUGCGUCAUGCUGCCAAACGCAAUGUUGACCUCAUGACCUUUGACAACGAAGCUGAAUUACUCAAGGUCAAAGCUGUCUUCCCUGAUGCAAGACUGGUUCUUCGUAUCCUUCCUCCGAGCAACUUCAAGGUACAGUGUGAGCUGGGAAUGAAGUUUGGCUGUCAUCCAUCAAAGGCCAAACAGCUGCUGGAGAAAGCCAAGGAACUGGAGCUCAAUGUUGUGGGAGUCAGCUUCCAUGUUGGUAGUGGUGCUGAGGAGGCAGCUGCCUUCGCUGUUGCAGUGGAGCAGGCUUAUGGCGUCUUCCAGACUGGCUUGAACAUGGGAUUCCCCUUUACUCUGCUGGAUAUUGGUGGAGGAUUCCCAGGCCAAGUUACUGCCGCUAUAUCAUUUGAAGAGGUUGUGGACGUCCUCAAUCCAGCCCUGGACCACUACUUCCCAGCAUCCUCUGGUGUGCGAAUCAUCGCUGAGCCGGGCAGAUACUUUGUGGCGUCGGCAUUCACUCUCACUGCCAACAUCAUUGCCAAGAGGAUGGUUGCAAGAGACAGGUCUAAUGAUGAACACCUCCCUGACCAAGUUGUGACUGGGGACGAUGAGCCAGCCUUCAUGUACUACAUCAAUGAUGGGGUGUAUGGCUCUUUCAACUGCCUGCUGUUCGAUCAUGCCACUGUUACACCAUCUAUAUUGCAGGAUGGCAGCGAUAUGACCUUUGUGUCAAGUGUGUGGGGACCAACCUGUGAUGGCCUCGACUGCAUCACGGAAGAGUGUCGACUGCCUGAGAUGCAGAUUGGGGAGUGGAUCUACUUUGAGGAUAUGGGGGCCUACACCAUCUGUGCUUCCUCCACCUUCAACGGGAUGCCCAGGCCGAGGAUCUUCUAUCUGUGUCAUGAUGUAGUCUGGGCACAGACUUACUCGAAACAGACCAAGAAGCUGGAUCAGCCUAUCUCCAAGGUGAUCCCCUUCAUGAAGGCAGGCCAUGACCUCUUUGAAACACAUGAUCAGGUUGAGGAAGUGUUUGGGUCACCACGACCUGAACUCAUCUGCGACCUUGACCCUCUCAACUGAGAAGUUUUGCUUGGCAUAGUCAGCGGAUUGUUAGCUCCAUUCCUAUUUAGUCCAGAUUAGGUGAUUUGGCAUUUUGAUUCAGUAACUUUAAUUUUGGUUCUAUUUCCCACAUUUGCUUUCAGUUGAAAUAGCUGCUUUGUUUCAUCUUUCUCCCUCACUACCCCAAUGAUUAGGUGCAGAUCAGGGGCCAAUUUUGAAAUGUUUGUAUGCUGAUUGUGGCCCAAAUGAAAUUUAAUUUUUGUCACUGUUUACACUGGAAUAUUAUCAAAACCACAAUAUCAGGGCAUUGAUGAAACACUUUUUACACUUGUUUUCUGUAAAUUUGUUCAGUUAUUUAUUGAUUCUAAAAUGAAUUUGUCACAGUUGUUACAAAUGUUUAGUAUAUACAGUUAUAAGUUAAUUAUACAGGUUCACUUUGCAUUUAUUAAUGACAUCAAAAUGUUACUGAUUAUUGGUGCAAUUUUGUUUCCUCUUUGUUCAAUUCAUUUAUUCACCAUAUAAACAAAUUUACAGAAAACAUUGUAGCAGUCGGUAAGCAUGUGAUGACUAUAUAAUAUAUCCAAUGUUAGUGAUCUUCAGACUGUAGUCCUACAUGGUAGUACUCAGUUUGACUAGGAACUGUUUAAUGUUUUGACUAGUCCCAGGUUUUCCAGUCUAGUCUGAAUCAGGGGUAUACAAACAAAGGGGACACCUGCUACUGUCACCAUGGCCAGAUUUUUUUUUUCUUUCAUAUCGGUUACUGUGAUGGUGAUUGAAUAAAAUAUUUAUAACCA